AUUCUGCCCAUCGUGCGACGGAGCAGGUCGUUUGUAUUCAUUUGGCUUCCGCAGAUAAAAACAAAGUUAUGGUGUGGUGAAGCGCUUCAGUGUUUUUAGAUUAACAAAUCCAGAAUCUCUUUCGGAAUCUCAUAUCACUUCCGUGCAUUAGACAAUAAUCGAAUCUCACUCGGCUUCUGCACUAUACACACCAUACACAACAACGAACAUGUUCAAUUCCCCGCAAAGACAGUGGGCGCAAACGUUCGCCAGCAUCAAGGCGGCCCACGACGAGGCGUACCGCAUAAUCGAGCGUGCCAUCAAGCUGGAGGAACGUGAGCGGCCGGAUUUGGCCCUGAAGGACUACAAGAACGGCAUACGGGCCAUCGACGAAGCUUUGGCCAUCCCGGUGGAAAUUCCGGACAACUUCCAGAAGGACGAAAGCUGGAACAAAGCGGUCCAGAUGAUCCACAAGAUGAAGUGCACCCGCGGCGAAGUGCUGCAGCGAAUCGGCCAAAUUGGCAGCAAGAUGGACCAGCAGGAAGCGGAGGCCUCGAAAAAUGGGGAGACGGCUGCUGCUGCUCGAGAAGGGGCAGGUGACACUUUGAGACCCCGGACGUACAGUGAAUUGGCACAAGCGUUGCGUGAGAUGCAGUGCAGUAAUGAUCAGAUUGGCGGUUCAAACAGCUUGGAACUGCUAUUUUCCUGCGACGGGGUCAAGAUGUACUAUAUCGAACCGGAUGGAGUGGUGUCGAGGACGUUGGACGAUUCCACGCUGCGAAUUGUGCGAAUCGAAAAGGAUGAUGUGAAGAAAUUGGAGAGUACGGUGUUUCUUCAGAUCAUUCCAACAUCGGCCUCCACUAGGAUCGAAAAUGCAGAGGAACCCUUGGUCGAAGCCUUGGAGGUACAGGAAGACACCGUGGUUAUCAGCCCUGUGGAAGAACAUCAGGCGGUGGACCCCUCCUUCAUCUACCCACUGAUCCCGGGGGUGUCCCCUUGCUACCGCACCGAAUACGGAGCAUUCAUCAUUCCGGACUUGACGUCGGAGUAUGGGCGCACUAUCGGAUUGGUCGUUCCUCCCGAAGCGGAUGACAUCGUGCUGGAAAUCUUCAUCGCUUUUCUGCAUGGUAUCGUCAGCCAAGGUGGAGCAGUCCGAUUUGGCAUUCCUCGGGAGAAACGGAGCACAAGCGCCACAGUUUCGGCGAACAUCAUCAAAGGUGCGUACUAUGCUUCUCAGGGAUUGGUAAAGGGCGCGGAGAAAACUGGAGAGUUCAUCUCCUACAGUACGCCGUACCUCAUUUCGAAGAUCCGCAAAUCUCCUGAAGAAGGUCCAGCUCAAGUCCCGAGCAACGUCAAAACGGGAAUCGAAAUAGCCAAAUCCGUGACUGGGACGGCUGUGAGCGUCACAAGUUACGUGGCGGGAAAAGUCGGAUGUGCCACGAUGGCACUGGGUCGCUUCCUGGCUCCUCACAUCCAGAAGCACGGUUCGGAUCUCCUAUCAUACAGUACCGGGAUAAGCGCGGAAGAUGCCUCGGAAAAGGUUCAAGGAGCGCUGACCAUUUGCGCCGGGGCUGUCGAGGGAUUUGGAACCGUUUACGCCGGUCUGGAAAAGUCCGCUUCCAUCUUGGGGAGUAGCCUCAGCAACAGCACCGUGCAAAUCGUGCAGCACAAAUACGGACCGGAAGCGGGGCAGGUGGUGGGAAGUUCCUUGGAUACGGUGGGCAACGUAAUCAACGUGAGUCACAACAUGAACUACAUAACGCCAAAGGGACUUGCCAAGCGAACGGCCAAGAAUGCCGGCAAGGCGCUGGUGGCCGGGUAUAGACCGCCGAUUCCCGAGGUGGACAAUGCCGGGGCAGGGGAAGGGCCCAGCAAUGGGGUCGUAACCUCGCAGCAGCGGAUCGUGCCGGCAGCCGUUCUGUACCCGGACCUGUCCGAGUUGGCCAAGGAGAUUCAGAAGGGAGAUAAGGCGUAAUAGGUUGGCGGGAAGUACUCUAGUCCGAGGUGAUACAAAAUUGAAUAGCAUGGGAGCUAAACAAACGGUGUCAUUAGUUUUAAGAACAUUACUUUUAAAAUCUUAAGUUCCAUAAGCUUGAAGCUUGGUUUCCUCUUUUUAUUUUAUGGUAUAGGCUUUUUCAAAUGUUCAUAACACAGUUUUACAACAUGCAAUGUAGAAAUAAAUGAGAAGAAUAUUUUAAUUAGCGAUCAUUGGACACAGACAAUAUGUGAGAUUUGAGUUUGAUCCAUAAUUUGAACCGAUGAACGAAUGGUAUCUAUUUCUCACCGAAACUGUUAAGUUUGAUGUAUUUUUAUAAAGGUAGUUUCACACAAAUCGCUAAGCAUCCAAGUUUGCUUUAGUGUUUAGUUUUGAAACAAAUAUUUUGAUCCUGUUUGAGUCUCAAUACAAAUGACAU